CGGGCCGGGUCGAUUUCUCCGUCAUUGCAAUCCUCCAUCCUCCUCCGAUUCCCUCCGCCGUUCGUCGGAAAUCUCCAUCUCCGGUUGAUUCCAGCUUCCUCUUCUCCAGAACCGAAGCAAUUCUACCGGAAUUUCAUCACUUUCUCCGAAACCGAUUCUUCGUAACCGGCCACAAACCAAAACAGGCUUAAUGGAUUCAGAAUUAGAACCUGUAGCUCUAACACCUCAGAAACAAGACAAUGCAUGGAAGCAUUGUGAAAUUUACAAAUACGGUGAUAGACUUCAGAUGCGUUGUCUCUACUGUCGGAAAAUGUUCAAAGGUGGUGGUAUCACCAGGGUUAAGGAACAUCUUGCUGGUAAAAAGGGUCAAGGUACUAUCUGUGACCAAGUUCCUGAAGAUGUGAGGCUUUUUUUACAGCAGUGUAUUGAUGGAACUGUGAGACGUCAGAGGAAGAGACAUAAAUCUAGUUCAGAACCUUUGUCUGUUGCUGCUUUACCUCCUAUUGAAGGAGAUAUGAUGGUGGUUCAGCCUGAUGUGAAUGACGGUUUUAAAUCGCCGGGUAGUUCGGAUGUGGUUGUGCAGAACGAGAGCGUGUCGGGUGGGAGAACGAAGCAAAGGACUUACAGGAGUAGAAAGAAUGCUUUUGAGAAUGGUAGUGCGAGUAAUAAUAUUGACUUGAUUGGUAGAGACAUGGAUAAUUUGAUUCCGGUGGCGAUUAGUAGUGUGAAGAACAUUGUGCACCCGUCCUUUAGAGAUAGGGAGAGUACAAUUCAUAUGGCAAUUGGACGGUUUUUGUUUGGUAUUGGAGCUGAUUUUGAUGCAGUGAAUUCUGUUAAUUUCCAACCGAUGAUCGAUGCCAUUGCCUCUGGAGGAUUCGGGGUAUCUGCCCCCACACAUGAUGACCUUCGAGGUUGGAUACUGAAGAAUUGUGUUGAGGAAAUGGCGAAGGAAGUUGAUGAAUGCAAAGCAAUGUGGAAGAGGACAGGCUGUUCCAUUUUGGUUGAGGAAUUGAACUCUGACAAUGGCCUUAAAGUGCUUAACUUUUUGGUUUACUGCCCUGAAAAGGUAGUCUUUCUAAAAUCCGUGGACGCGUCUGAGAUAUUAUCUUCUGCUGAUACAUUGUUUGAGCUACUUAGCGAACUGGUUGAAGAAAUUGGCAGUACCAAUGUUGUUCAAGUGAUUACAAAAUGUGAAGAUCACUACGUUGAUGCUGGGAAAAAGUUGAUGCUUGUGUAUCCUUCUCUAUAUUGGGUUCCUUGCGCUGCACAUUGCAUAGACCAGAUGCUCGAGGAGUUUGGGAAACUUGGCUGGAUAAGUGAGACUAUUGAACAGGCUCGAGCUAUCACAAGAUUUAUAUACAACCGUAGUGGUGUUUUGAAUCUGAUGUGGAAGUUUACUUCUGGCAAUGAUAUCCUGCUACCAGCAUUUAGCUCUUCUGCCACAAAUUUUGCUACAUUGGGAAGAAUUGCCGAGCUCAAAUCCAAUCUGCAGGCUAUGGUUACUUCGGCAGAGUGGAAUGAAUGUUCAUAUUCGGAAGAACAAAGUGGAUUGGUGAUGAAUGCUAUCAGUGAUGAAGCCUUUUGGAAGGCAGUUGCUUUGGUAAACCAUUUAACGAGUCCUCUUUUGCGGGCUUUGAGAAUAGUUUGUUCUGAAAAGAGGCCUGCAAUGGGGUAUGUCUAUGCAGCACUGUACCGAGCAAAGGAUGCAAUCAAGACACAUCUGGUUAAUAAGGAGGAUUACAUAAUAUACUGGAAAAUUAUAGAUCGAUGGUGGGAACAACAACAGCAUAUUCCUUUGCUUGCUGCUGGUUUCUUUCUGAACCCGAAAUUCUUUUAUAACGCCAAUGAAGAAAUGCGUAGUGAGCUUAUUCUAUCGGUGCUCGAUUGCGUUGAGAGAUUGGUUCCUGAUGACAAGAUUCAAGAUAAAAUCAUCAAGGAGUUAACCUCCUACAAAACUGCUGGUGGAGUUUUUGGAAGAAACUUGGCAAUCAGAGCUCGGGACACAAUGCUUCCUGCUGAGUGGUGGUCUACAUAUGGAGAAAGCUGCUUGAACCUCUCACGUUUUGCGAUACGCAUUCUUAGUCAGACGUGCAGUUCAUCAGUUAGCUGCAGGAGAAACCAGAUACCCGUCGAACAAAUAUUCCAAUCGAAGAACUCCAUUGAGCAAAAACGGCUCAGCGAUCUUGUAUUUGUUCAGUACAACAUGCGCCUCAGACAACUGGGUCCUGAAAGCGGGGAUGACACACUAGACCCGUUGUCACUCAACAGGAUAGAUGUUCUUAAAGACUGGGUUUCUGGAGACCAAGCUUGUGUAGAAGGAAAUGGAAGCGCAGACUGGAAGUCGCUAGAGUCUAUUCAUAGGACACAAGUAGUACCAAUUAUUGAUGAUACUGAAGACUUGGGCUCAGGUUUUGAUGAUAUUGAGAUAUUCAAGGGAGAAAAAGAAGUGAGAGAUGAAGGUUAUUAUACAAACACAUCGGAGAAGUUAUUCACGUAAGAUUUAUCAUGGUUGGUUUAAGCCUCUUCGUCAGCUCUUUCUAUCUUUCAGGAAGCUAGCUAUUUGUAGUCAUAGGUUUCGAUUUGUAAUUUUAGAGUCAUCCCCUUAGAUUUAUCUCUUAUACAAGACGUUUCAGUAUUCUUAUUCUUCGUACUCCAUCAUGCAUUGUCCUAUUAGGUUUCCAUAGAGUUUGGGUUUUAUUGUCAGGUUCUGUCCAGAUUUUAAGUUGUUUGACAAAUAUAUUUGCUGUGGUCAUGAAAUCCAAAUGCCUAUUUUCUUUCAUAUAUA